AUGUCGGUUACCGACGACAAGAACGGCGACAUCAUGUCGAUCCCUGGCGCCGAGGACCAGAUCGACCCAGCCACCUUUGAGCAGAUUCUCGAGAUGGACGAGGACGAGGUCGAGCGCGAGUUCAGCAAAAGCAUCGUCUACGACUUCUUUGGCCAGGCCGACCAGACCUUCAAGAAGAUGGACAAGGAGCUCGAGAAGAAGGAGGGCAAGUACCUCAAGGAGCUUAGUGAGCUAGGCCACUUCCUCAAGGGCUCGUCCGCCACGCUCGGCCUCACCAAAGUCAAAGACUCGUGCGAGAAGAUCCAACACUACGGCCAGCUCAAGGACGACGCGGGCACCAAGGACAUAACAGAGGAGAAGGCGCAGGAGAACCUGGCCAAGAUCAUCAAGCAGGCAAAGACGGAGUUCACCGACGUCAAGGAGAUCCUCAAGAAGUUCUACCAGGACGAGGGCGACGAGGAGGAGGCGGAAGAAGAAGCCGCGCCCUCCCCUACUGCGGCAAAGAAAUAG